UCUUUGACCGCGCGAUGACCAACCGCGCGCAACCGCAUUUUUGUUUUCAUUCCGGUGAACUCCGUGCUUCCGCGACGGUGCGGUAAUCGUGAUUACUGAUUUUCCGUCCAACAGUUUUUCGUUUUACGGGGUUGUAUUUUUAUUUUUUUUUUAAUUCUCACCCGUACGGGUUUCCGAUUUCCGUACCGCAGUUGUUUUUCAUCCUUUCAUCGGCCGCCCACGGCACGGGAGAUUUCGGUACCGCCUUCGCAUCACGCGCACCGUAGGAUACGUCAUGGAUUUCCAAUCGACACAGGUGUUUUUUGUCGGCCUGCUGCUGAUGGCCACAACUAACGCUGUGAUAAAUUCCGGUGCAACUGACGAUAUGUCGCCGACCAGACGAGAAGCUAGUCUCGGUGUACCGUCGGAAUCGUACGGCGCGCCAUCCCCAUCGUUUGGCGGGAACAAGCAAAAUUAUUGGCCAUCGAAGCCUUUUGGUUUGUCCGAUUUGAAACCGCCGAGUAUCAGUUACGGGCCUCCAUUAGAUUCUUACGGCCCACCGAAACAAUCUUAUGGCCCUCCCAAACCUAGUUUUAAGCCUCUGAAGCCUGAUUACGGACCACCGCUUCAUGAUUCAUACGGCCCACCACCGAAACCGGAAUACGGUGCUCCUCCGCCACCAAAACCCGUGUACGGUUUGCCUUCCGGACCACCGAGUCCUUCUUAUGGCGUACCAUCAAUUCCGUAUGCAAAGGGCCCACCGGGUGUUCCGUCCCCACCAACUCCACCGCAUAUUUCUUAUCACGGCUGGCAACCGAUUCCGGGUGUAUCAAUUCCGUAUAUUCAGAAAAACAACGGUUACGAACAAACAUCUGGUGGUUCACCAUAUGGAGCCCUACCACCAUCAAAAGGAGAGGGUUGUUGUAAUUAUAAUAACGGUAAUUCAAUAGAGACUUCAUAUGGAGGUUCAUCUUCACUAAAUCUUGAGUAUGGUCCACCAAAAGACGGAAGUUCUUAUCAUGAAAGUUCCCAAGGACAAUCUUUAAGUAAUUUGUAUAAGCCACCACCGCUCAUACUAGAUACAAACUACGGACCUCCGGCACCUAUUGGGCAACCUUCUGGAACAUACGGGCCACCAAAAUUAGAAUAUGGUGCGCCUCCUAAAGAUUCUUUUGGAUCAUCACCAAGUGGAUCAUACGGACCACCACCCAGUGAUUCUUACGGUCCACCACCUAAAGAUUCAUAUGGUCCUCCAUCUAAAGAUUCACACGGACCACCACCAAGUGGAUCAUACGGACCACCACCCAGUGGUUCUUAUGGGCCACCUCCUAAGGAUAGCCUUGGUCCACCACCCAAAGAUUCACAUGGACCACCACCAAGUGGAUCGUAUGGACCACCACCAAGUGGUUCUUAUGGCCCUNCAUCCAAAGAUUCACAUGGACCACCACCAAGAGGAUCGUAUGGAUUUCCACCCAGUGGUUCUUAUGGCCCACCUCCUAAAGAUAGUCUUGGGCCAACACCAAGUGGAUCAUAUGGACCACCACCUAGUGGUUCUUACGGCCCCCCACCCAAAGAUUCAUAUAGCCCACCCUCUAAAUAUUCACAUGGACCAUCUCCAAGUGGCUCGUAUGGACCACCACCUAGUGGAUCAUACGGUCUUCCUCCAAAAGAUUCAUACGGAUCACCACCAAGUGGAUCUUAUGGCCCACCACCCAAAGAUUCAUAUGGACCACCUCUAAAAGAAUCUUAUGGACCACCAUCACCACCAGCACCACCGAAAGGAUCUUAUGGGCCACCCUCUAAAGAUUCGUAUGGACCUCCACCAAGUGGGUCUUAUGGACCACCACCAAAAGAACAUCGACCACAAUCACCGCAAGGAUCUUAUGGGCUACCUCUUAAAGAUUCAUAUGGACCACCACCUAGUGAUUCAUAUGGUCCACCUUCCAAAGGUUCAAAUAGUUUUCCUCCAAAAGACUCUUACGGCCAUCCAGCCAGGCCAGAAUUUCAAUCACCAUCGAAAAAUUCAUUUGGCUCUUCCCCAAGUGGGUCAUAUGGACCACCUCCAAGUGACUCAUAUGGGCCACCACCUAAUCCAGUACAUCACCCAUCAUCAAUAGAUUCCUAUGACGUUCCACCCAAGAAUUCGUAUGGACCACCAGCUCCAAAGGACACAUAUGGAACACCUUCUAUUGGCUCUAUUGACAAUUCAAUUCAAAUUCAAUACGGAUCAUCAUUAUCUAGUUCUUCAUACAACGGUCUUCCUCCAGAGGGUACAUUUGGCACACCAAUAGCAAUUUGCUGUGGUACACCUCCUCCAGAUUUAGCAUUACAGAAGCCAGUAGACUCUCAUUAUGGUUUAGCAUACGGACAAGCAUCUGGAAGACAAAUACCUGGACCAGACCUAAGACCAACGAGUCCAGUGAAAAAUCGACCACCCGUUCCUCUUGGUCUUGUAGAAUCUACACAAUAUAAUUCAUUCCAAGGAGAACCAUAUAUUCCACCUCCAGUUCCGGAAAUACCUUCAGCUUCAGGCAGUGAUACAUACGCGGCUCCGACCAGUUCGACGGGGUAUUCCAAUACAGCUGCAGAGCAAAAUGAAAUACAUUCACAAGAUAAACAACAGUACAACCACCCAACUGCAACAGAAACGUCAAAUAACGAAAUAUACAAUCAAGGAUUAUCUACAGUGUACGCUAUACCCGCUCCAGAAUCUUACCAACAUUUGACUCAAACAGUUUCUGUCAACAAUGCACCUCAAGAAUCCAACAGUUACAGUCAGUCCAAUCCACCUUCAAUAUCAAACGAGCACGAUUUCGGAGCACCACAGCAAGCAUUUGAUUUAAACCAACACGUUGAAGAAAAUAAAAACAACCCGCAGCAAAGAGACGAAGAAAACAAUAACUACCAACCACCCACAAAUAAUAAUUACCAGCAGCCGGAAAGUAAUAAUUAUCAGCAACCCGAAAACAAUAACUACCAACAAUCCGUGAACAAUAACUACCAACAAUCCGAAAAUAAUAACUAUCAGCAAUCCACCAAUGGCAAUUAUCAACAGCAACAGGAUGGAGUGGAUGUCAACGAUAUAGUUAAAUCGUUGGGCUUAGAAGGAUCCUCCGUUGUGGGAUCGAAAUCUGUGGAUUACCAUGGCAUAAAAGAGUACCCCGUACAAGGUUCUACGGGCAGCUAUAUGCUCCAGAUCCAACCGGGUCAAGGGGGCGGUGAAAAUGUCGCCCACGAUCAGGUACUUUCUAACGGGCUGCUCCAAGACAUUCUGUCGGCCAUAGAGAACCAACAAAAAUCGGAGAACCCGUACGACAACCAACCACAGGGGUCAGAAGUGCAACAGGUCUCUGCCACGGCAGCGGCCAACGCCAGUGCGGAGCGGCAAGAAGAAUCCGUGGGCAAAAAACCAGAUAUGGCGCUGUUCUAUAGCACGAGAGACGACAAAAGCGCGCCCCCUAUCAGGAUAGAAACGCUUCCCAGUGAAAUAAACCACUUGAGCGUAAACGAGGUGUCCAAUGGGAACUUCGUCUCGUAUAAGUCGCCUAAGGUGAACUACGUGUACGGCGACUCGAUGCCUCAAGUUGUCUCGCAACAAUCGACUCCCAAGACUGAUGAAAAAGCUCAACCGGCUCGUUGACGAGUUCGGGAAAACAAUCGUUUGUAGUGUAAUGUAUAAUAACGACGUGUACGAUUAGACGUUUAGUUAGGUUUAAGAAGAAAAAAAACAGAAAAAACAGUAUAAACAGAAGUCUAUUGAUUGCGUUUGAAUCGAGAGCGGAUCGCAUAAAACUAUGUAUACAUUACGUCCAUUUGAAAGCGCUGUACCAGAAAUGUGUACUUUCGCGUACGGAAACGUUCCGUGGAUAACGGACGUACGUAAAUACUUUUAUUUUUAUUAUUCGACGACGACGCAAUCGCUCUUUUAUUAAUUUUUAUUGACGGCGUAGUUACCAUGCACAGAUCAUAUUUUGUUCACGACUUGCUUAUCACGAAAUAGAAAUAAAAAUAUCGUGCAUAAUUUUUGUUUCAAAUCGUGAACGCCGUAUACGUUUUGAUCUUAUUAAAGUGAGAGUAAACGUAUGUGCGUGUGUAAGGCGCGA